AUGGCCGCCAGAGCCGACUCGAACAAAAGCUCAGAGAAGAAGGUCACCAUCUCGAAGAAAGCUCUGAACUGGGUGCUUCCUGAGGACAAUGAAGCCAGCGACCACACUCUUGCGGAGAGGAGAAGCGCUGAAAUUGCAGAUCAAGUCGCCUCUGCCGUCUCUGGGCAGAUCCUAGAGGUGCUCCAGGGAACGAUGAGAGAAGCAACAGCUUCCGCUCUACAGCAGGUUUGCACGGCCACAGCGAGAGUCUGUCGCUUGCUAGACCGGCUCGAGCAUGUGGUGUCCCCAAGAGACGAGCAGUUCUCAUGGGAGCCUCUUCCGCAGAGAACCAACACAGCCCGUCCGAAGUCCAAGAAGGCAUCCGUGACGAUACACACCGUUCACGCGAUCGACGGGACAUUUGCAGCCCACCCCGGUGUUAGUCUGCCUGUGCCGAUGUUCCCCCUGCCGGCCAAGAAACGAGCAGUGAACCAGGGCACCGUGGACUCGAAGAUAUCCUGGGAAUCCGUGGCCCGGAGCGUUCGAGGAGACGAGCCCGUCGCGAAAACAAGUGGGCGGCGGGCAAUGUCAGCUCUAUCCCUUCAAGGAUAUGCUCCGCAGGCAUCCGAAGAGGACAUGCUGAAGCGAGAUCUGCCCGCCAUCCACUCCGUUAUGAACAGCCAGAAAUCCUCUAUGGACGAUGUUUCGAUCUCAGGCGAUCCGAAGUGGGGAGGACACUCCCACCACCACGGCAAGCUGGAGAAGAUGGGCAUGAAAGACCUGGAGCUGAAGUUGGCCAAAGAGCUUUUCUUGCAGCGUGCCCCUAGCAACGGCUGCCCGUUGUUGGGCAAAGAGGCUGGCACCUCUUCUGACAACAUGUUCUUGCGACGUCAAGGCUCCAAGAAGUUAGAGAACAAAGUGGACAAGCCGUCGGACGCCGCAGCUGUCCUGCCGGUGGUACCAGCCGCCAUGGACAGCCAGGUCCAAGAGCCCAACAGCCAAGCUCCAGUGCUUCCACCGCUCCAGCCUCGUGCGCAUAGCAACCGGAGCAACAAGAGCGACAAGGACGGCAUGGACCCUCCUGGUGCAUUGCCGCAGAAGGCCAUAGAAUCGCGGGACAUGGAACUGACCAUGCAGGGCUCAACAAAGAGUCGCAGUCGCAGCAGUAUAUCCGACUUGGACAAAAAAGGCUUUGCGCCUGCAUUUGGACCACCCCUUGAAGAGCAUUGCGAGUCCUCCAGUUCAGGCAGUGAGGAUAGCCAGCCACUGCCAAGAAUGGACUCCAACGUUUUUCUCCGAACGGAAAAUGAUGCGUUCAAGCGGAACAUCACGGCUGGAAGGUCCAAGCGUGACACCUGCCAGCUCCGCGAUGAGAAGAACGAAGAGCUGAUCCGGGCUACCAUAAAGUCAGUUCCUGGUUUCACUGCCACGGAUCCUACGGUGGCGCCUAUCUUGGAUGUUGACAUCUCCGAAGAGGAAGAGCGCCCAAAAUGGACAUGUCUUGCAAAGGUUGGCAAUGGUGCUGUGAAGGUAUUGUCCUUGAUCAACUGCUCGGACUCCAUCAGCGAAUCCCGGAUCACAACGGCGCUCUUUCACAUGGUCCUGAUGCUCGCAUCGAUUUUGGUGCUGAGCUGGGAUGUGGGAGUGAUCAUUGCAGACAAAAUGAGCGCCGACAUGAGCUUGAGGGCAAACCUCUUCUAUGAUGCGGGCUUCGCUUUGGGAGCAUUCCUCUGCCUGAUCUGCUGUGGAUGCUUGUGGAUGCGCACCUCCGUAGCCGAAUGCGAAGCAAUGCUGGAUGCGUUUGCGGAUGCGAGAGAGCUGAAGGAGGACUGGCAGUCCGCUUGCCGCCGCGAUGCCUUUCAGGUAAUUAGCUUCUGGCUGCUUGCGACGGGCGAGCGAGCGCGUGAGAUUGUCAUGCACAUGCCUGAGGAUUCGCUGUCCUCGGAGAUCCUGCUGACAUACUUGUCGAGCGUGGUGUGCUUUGCAGUGUCGACUGGCAUCUUGCUGGCGUGCCUGUUUCGGAUUCUUCGACUCUGCCGCGGCUUCUACAUCAUGAUAGAUGACUUCUCAUUCCAGUUGGUGUCGUCAUCAGACCUGGGCGCAGCUGAGCAGGAGUGGAACCUUCUGCAAGCACUUCUCCGCAGGAGCUGCAGCUCGCUGCAGUUUCUAUGGAUCGUGCUGCAGAGCACCAUUGCCGUUGCAUUGAUCCUCGGCUUGGAUGAUUUCCAUCGCUCAGGCGCCGAAGUGGCGAUCUCAGGAGUCAUUGUCCUGCUUGGACUGGCGCAGAUGUUCCUGCAUGCGGCGAGUGUGACUGAUCACUGUGAGCGCCUGCCAUCCUUCGUCAACUCGCUUGGCUUCGGACGUGAGCUUGAUGCAGACCGCAUGUAUCUGGUGGAGUACAUGUUCUACAGUCAAGCUGGGUUCUACGUUUUUGAGGUGCGACUGACGAGGGACAUGGUGUUGAAAGCCUUCUACAUCUGCGCGGUGGGGGUGUUCUACUUCGUCACCAAGGUGAUGUCUGGGUCAGGACUGUGA